UAUAUAGUGAAUAGUCUGACUUUUCUUAGGUAGCUGUAGUUCUACACAUCAUGAGGAUAUAAAUGCACGUCUGAACGACAGUGCAGAGUGGGAAGCUGGACAAUGAUGGCCCGCACCUCGUUGCCGUCCUCCCUGGACUCGUUACCGGGGAUACGCCGGUCGGUGCUCUCUGGGCAAAUGGAGAUUAAGUACCAGUGCCAGGACUGCCAGGACAUCCUCAGGAGGCCGGUGCAGGCGAAAUGUGGACAUCGCUUCUGCUCCUUUUGCUUCAACCAACUCACCAGCUUGGGGCCCAAACCCUGUGAAGCAUGUCGUAUGGAGGGUAUAUAUGAGGAGCCUCAGUCCAUCCUGAAUGAAAAAGAAGCGUUCCCAGACAAUGCGGCUCGGAGAGAGAUUGAUGGGCUCCCUGCUAAGUGCCCCAACGAGGGCUGCUCUUGGAUGGGCACUAUGAAAGAGUUUGAGACUCAGCAUGAAGGCCAGUGUGAGUUUGAGAAGGUAAUAUGCAGUGCUUGUCAGGUGGAAAUCCUUGUUAAGGACAAGGACAGACACAACGAGCGGGAAUGUGAAGCAAGGACCCUCAACUGCAAAUACUGCAAAGUGUCGUUCAACUUUAAGGACAUUAAGGCCCACGAUGAGAUCUGUAUAAAGUAUCCAAUGCAAUGUAAGGAGUGUGGCAAGAAAAAGAUCCCACGAGAAAAGUUUCAAGAACAUGUCAGGAUGUGCACCAAGACAAAGAUAGCUUGCCAGUUCAACAAGGUUGGAUGCCAGGCAGUGGUGGACAAUGGUAAACAUCAGGAGCAUGAGCAGACCUCCGUCACAGAGCAUCUCCGCCUGGUGCUCAACGCCAUGACGGUGCUGUCAUCUGUACAGGGCGUGUCCAAUGGCCUACCCAAUGGCAUACACGGCAGCCUCCAGACAGACAGCUGCGAGGAGGACAACGGGCUGGGGCUCUACCUCGCCCCUGAGGAGGGGGCCACCGGGGGGAAGGCCCUGGGGAACGGAGGAGGAGGAGGAGGCGCUGGGAGAAGAGAGAGAGAACGAGAGAGGGAUGGACGCCUGGACAGUGGGCUGGGGAUGUACCAGGGUGUGGAUGAAGGCUCUGCGGCAGCCAAUGGAAUGGCAGCCAGAGGCGGGAAGAGUACAGUGAUGCUGGAACAGAAGGUGGUGGCCCUGGAGAAUAUCGUGUGUGUCCUGAACCGCGAGCUGGAGAGGAGCUCUGUCACACAGGAGGCCCAGAAGCACCAGAAUCGCCUGGAUCAAGACAAGAUAGACGGCCUUCAAAAUAAGAUUCGUCAGCUGGAGAGGAACCUGACUAUGCGGGACAUCAAGCUGUCUGAGACGGAGCAGACGCUGCGUGAGCUGCAGUAUUGCACCUUCGACGGAGUCUUCAUCUGGAAGAUCUCCGACUUCAGCCACCGCAGGCAGGAUGCCCUGGCUGGACGCUCCCCCGCCCUCUUCUCUCCAGCGUUCUACUCCAGUAAGUAUGGCUACAAGAUGUGUCUGAGGCUGUACCUGAACGGCGAUGGCACAGGCAGGUCCACUCACCUCUCCCUCUUCUUUGUGGUGAUGCGUGGCAAGUAUGACGCCCUGCUCAAGUGGCCCUUCAGCCAAAAGGUGACAUUGAUGCUGCUGGACCAGAAUAACCGUGAGCACAUCAUCGAUGCGUUUCGCCCUGACACCAGCUCCACCUCCUUCCAGCGUCCCAUCAGUGACAUGAAUAUAGCCAGUGGAUGUCCACUCUUCUGCCCGCUCGCCAAGUUGGCAUCCGCCAAGAACUCCUACGUCAAGGACGACACCAUCUUCAUAAAGGCCAUCGUUGACCUCACAGGCCUGUAGAAACACAUUUAAACACAUGAGAAACCAGGGUGUAUCUAAACAAGAUGUUAAUAUAUUUAUAUGAUAUCAAUAUAAUAAUUAUAUGCAAUUUAUAUUACAUUAUACUAUUAAUGCAUAAUAUUAUAAUGGAGUGGUCACUGUCAAAUUCAAAUGGCAAAAAAGGUGGUUAUGAUACUGGGCAAUGUACACUACACUACAUUGCAGAGUAUCAUAACUUUGCUUUUUUGCCAUUUGGGUUGUAGACGGUGAUGCCUAGAUGCAUCCAUUUCUGUGCAGAGCAAAUUCCCUUUCCAACAAUCUUAGCUAGUGCAUUAGCGAAAGUCAAAACCUUUGGUCAUUGUGGUUACACACGGCACAAAACAGAGCACAACAAAAUGUAACCUCUGCAUUGAACCGACCACGCACCUGGCAUGGAGACAGGACUGUGUGGGGAUGGGGCGAUGCUUAGAACACCUUAGUCACCGGGCAGGAUGGAGGAGAGUGCUAGCAUGAGCUUUGACCCUCAAGAGAACCAGCUGUGGAAGCAAGGCCAACAACAUCCAAAACCCUUUUCGGCAGCACUUUACUCAAACAUCAUAAUCAUAAUUAUUCCUUACAUGAUAUUAUCCAUUAUGAGCUAAACUAAAUCUGUAUAACUAUACUAUAGAUAGAUAGGAACGCUGUAUUGUAAGGCCUGGUCUUCACAAAGACCCAAUUGCUGCUUGGAUGACCACAUAAACUCAUAUAGUAUACCUUGCUUAUCCUAUAUUUAUAAUCUGACAUGUAUCUCUAUUAUGCUACACUCAUAUCUUUUAUUUUAUAUUUUUAUAUUUCUCCAUUUCUACUUAACUUGAGUAAACUGCUGUGCGACCUGCAAUGACCUGCACUAAAUAAUGCAUCUAGGCAUUGGAUUGUCAUGACUGAGUUUUGUUCUGCUGGUAAUGAUAAACUAGAUAAUAGUGGAUAGUAGCAUAAUUGAUUCAUGCUACCUAUUUAAUGUCUUGAUAUUGUUGUGCGACUGUCAAAGAGCAAGAUGAGAUACUUGCUCUUGCAGCUGUGCUAGUAAUAAUGAUAAUAAUAGUUAUAAUAAUACAUUUUAUAUACAGCAUCUUUCAAGAUACACAAAGACACUUUACAAUAUCAUUUGGAGGGCAAACCAAAGCAAUUUAAGAUAAGAGGCUUGAGAAUUAUGACAAAUCAUCGGGCAGCUGUCGUGGUUAGGGAGGUGGACUUAAGAUCAGGUUCAAAUUCCACCCUUAACUCUCACUACACUUCUAUCUUGAGCCAGGCACCUAACCCGACAUUGCUCCAGGGACUAACCAGUAUACCCUGUUAAUAACUGUAAGUCGCUUUGGAUAAAAGCGUCAGCUAAAUGUAAUAUAAUAAUAAAAAUCAAUAAGAGAUAAUACGAGGCAGUAAGUCAAUAAAAUGACAAUAAAAUAAAAAAGUUAAGUUUAAUUUAGCUUAUCAGUUAAGUUUAGUUUAGUUAAACGUUUUUGUUUGUAAUUCAAAUGUGAUUAUUUAGUUGCUGUUUGCUUUUUGUGAGGGUAAUGUGCAUCACACUGGUCUGGUUCAUCAUGAGCAGGGCCCAACAAUUGGAUCUUUUCAGGAGCCCAGUUAACCUGAUUGGAUGAAGGGGACUGAUCGACUGGAGGAUGUGCUGUUUAUUUUAAAUUGUGUAGUAGACUUUGGACAAGCACCCUGUUCCAUCUCAGGGUGGUCUUAAGUUUGCCCGGGCUUGGCCUCUGAACACUCCAACUGGAUUUUAUGGCUGGAGUCUAGGUGCAGCCAAGCCCCAGCAAGAUUUUGCCAUCUUUGAUUUAUUGCAAAAAUGUGUAGAUACAAACAAACGCUUGUCUCAGCUCUCUACCCAAUAGCUAUGACCACCAUGUUUAACCACCACCCCCAAUGUCAAUUAAGAAAUCAGUCUGUCAACUAAUCUAUUAAUCAU